CGGCAGCCGCAGCCCCCGCACCCGCCGCCGCACCGGCAGCCAAGACUGGAUCCAAAAAACGGGCCCAAAGAACCGGAUCUAAUGUGUUUGCCAUGUUUACUCAGCAUCAGGUCCAGGAGUUUAAAGAGGCUUUCCAAAUGAUUGAUCAGGAUAAGGAUGGUUUCAUAUCGAAAAAUGAUAUCAGAGCUACUUUUGACGCUUUGGGCCGAAUUUGUACGGAUGCAGAACUUGAGUCAAUGAUCAAGGAGGCACCCGGACCUAUCAAUUUCACAAUGUUCUUGACCAUUUUUGGUGACAGAACUCAAGGAACUGAUGAGGAAGAAGUCAUUCUGAAUGCGUUCGCCCAAUACGAUGAGGGAAAUGGACUCUGCAAUGAAGACACCUUAAAACACGCUUUGGUCACUUGGGGCGAGAAGUUCAGUACACAAGAGUGUGACACAAUAUUAGCGGAGGCGCCGACCGAUGGCAAGGGAAACAUCGAUAUUAAAAAAUUCGCUCAAAUCUUAACCAAAGGAGAGGACGAAGAGGGCGCCGGAGCAUAAAGUGUUCAUAUUAUGGAUCCAAUUGUUGACAUCCUAUUCACUAAACUAAUUUGAUUUGCAAUAAACAAUAUUGUUGAUUAUCUGGAUAAAUAAUUCAUGUUAAUAAUUACUAUUUUCCCAAUUAUAACAAUUUAGAAAUACUGAAAGAUCUAAUUAAAACGAUAUCCAAUAAUAAAUUAUUGUGACAUCAAUUCACAAACCUAUGUAUAAAUACAGUAUGUCUAAUUCAGUCUAUCAUUAACUACAUCUCUCUCUCUCUCUCUCUCUCUCUCU